AACAAAGUUGGUUCGAAAAUAUUAUAAAUGUUCAUAUCAACAUAAUUAUAUAUUGUGAAAAUAAAACUCGACAAUGUAAGAGACAGCUGUUAAUUGUGCUUAAACUACUGGUCACACCUAGGAAUAGUAUCUCAUUGUUAAAAAUCUUGACUCUAAACAUUUUACAUGGAUGAUUUGGUCAACUUGGAACCAAGUACAUUAUUAUAGUUGAACCUUGUUGGUAAGGGCCUCCAAGAUAGAGAUGGGUAAAAAAAUUGCCUGACUUUGCAAUGUCCGACCAAUUCGGACAUGGCCUUUUACAUGCAUUAGGUACGAAAAUUCUAUUGAAAUCAACUUAAUAGAAAUCCGAGUUAUCCUGAUACGACUCAACAGGAACCAACUGUAUGUUAUUAGGAGUAAAAUUACAGCGCGUGCAAAUUAAUUGCAUUUGUAUUCAGAAAGAAGUAAACUCCUGUCUAAACACCAGCCAUUCUUAUAUGUAUUUAAUUGCAAUAAACAUCAUUAGUAGCCUGUGAACAGACGCUGAUGAGAAAAAUUCUAAGAAAAAGUUUACUUUGUUAGUUUACAACUGAAGGUCUGCACGCAGACUAAAUUCUAGCUUCUCAAAUGGUGAAGAUUGCUCUUAGAGCGUACUUAAAGACUGCUGGUGAAACGUCCUUUUUGAUCGUCGGCAGCAAUAGGAACUUAAUGACUACAUGCAGCUGCUACUUGCGUCAUCUUUUAUCAGCAGCUAUGUUCAAAGCCUUGUUUUUGCGAUAUUAAUGAAAGAGGGAAACAUCAUAUCAUAUUUUGAAAAUAUUUUUCAAAAGAGCAUGCCAUGAAGAGAAAGAAUGAAAAUUUGCGGGCCAUUUGAUAAAAACGGCAAUCAAAACGAUGGAGCAAUGUUAUGUAAAUGAAGAGCAUCUUACUUUAAACGAGUGAUUGCUUGUGCAUCUUGUACGCAGAAUUGUAGCUUUAUUAAGAAGCAUAUUCAAUUAAAAACCGAAAACAAAUUUUGACAGAGCUUCCGACUCUUCUAUCUGUUUAAAACUCAAAGUCUCCUCUGAAAGAAAGGUUUUCCAAUGUAUUCCAGCUAAAAAGUCAUCUUAUAACUUUCAUGAAGCUUUUUAUGGCCACUUGAAUUUUGGUUCACUAAAAAUUUUGCUGGAGUGCCGCCAUUUCUGCUUCAGCCUGUGCAAAACCUUUGCUUUCUAAUUGUAUAAUGGCGAGCUGCAACUAGUGUAAACGAACCAAAGGGUGGCAAAGCAUUUCUGUCAAUAUAGGUAUUUAAGUAGGAUGAGUCUUUCAAAGUUAGCAAUAAACCAAAUGAUUUUUAGAGAAUCUUGAAGCAAGCAAAAAAAUAUUUCCUAGAGGACACUGAUUUCAUUAAAUGUUUUUUCUGUAAAACACAAAGGCAGGUCCUUUUUUGAAGGCAGGUUAGCUAACAAUGAAAAUAUCACUGGGAAACCGAUUUUAAGCCAGUAAACACACUGAACAUAGCUGAAAAUCUUUAAUUUUUUGAUCAUCGAUAACCCAAUGGAAAUAGAUGAUAAUCUUAACAAGAAGCCUGAAGCAUAAAAAGUCAUCCUUCUGAAACUUGUCAUUUAAAAGCUCUUUGCACAAGACGAUCACAUGAAAGAAAUCAACCAAACGCAACGUAUGACACAAAGUUUACGUGUACAACAAAUUUAAUGUCUUUAAAGCGAAAGUAACUCAUCAAUAUGGUGCUAGCCUGGUGCUAGUCAACUGAUAUUCCGAAGAAUAUCAAAAUAAAAGGAAACUCUUGACUGCAAUUGUUAGUGUAAAACUGUAUAUCUUUUUAUCGCUAUAAGCCAUCGUCUGAAUUAUUGAAAUAAAAAGAAAUAUCAAAGAUAAUUUAAAAUAUGCCUAUUCAUCUAGCGUGAGAUUCAUUUGUGAAACGAUACUAUUAAUGCCUUCUGGCUGUAUUCCGCCAAAAGCCAGAAGAGAUUAUCUGUUGUUCAGAGACACUAAAUAGAAAAUGAUAAAUACUUUUGACAAGGCUCAUGAGUGUAGACAGCUUAUUUCUUUACAACACAUGCAGGCAACAGGUUAUAAAAUUUCAAAACAAUAACAUUGACUGUGAGUAAGAGGUCUUGUGCUUUGUGUUUCAAUAUUUUAGCCAGAUGUUAAGAAGAUUCUAUUGAAACCAGAAUGCACGUUUCUACCACAUUGAUUCAUAUUACUGGUUGGCGGCCUAAAUUUUCUUUGCUAUGUUGUGCAAAACGCACUCCACAGCCAGAUAUUGGCAAGGACCCGACGCUCGAUAAAAGCAACGAAUCUCCUUAUCGAAAUGGAUCAGACCAACCCAACCAUGGCAAUACAGUCAACCAACGACAACAACAAGAAUACGUUAACUCACAGCAGAUCGACUAUGAGUCUCCGCAAAGGCUCUCCCACAUGCCGUAUGGAACGCAACAUGAUGAUAAUGGUUAUGUACAGAUGGGUAGUCCCCAUCACUAUUCAGACCAGUCUACAGACAACGAAUCCUGCACGUCAGAUGCUUAUAAAAGACUUUUGAACCGAGAUUACCUGUCCCGAUAUGAGAUGCAGCAGAGUCCUUUGAAGCAGCUCACGAAAAAUGCAGGCUAUAUGGAUGAAUACAUGGGCAGUGCAGAUUUGCAUACUGCUUUGCUAGAUUUCAACAUAGAUUAUACCCUGCAUGUUGGCAAACUCGCGAUUUAUCUGAAGCGUUUGAAGCUAACAUUUUCCCACGUUGAGGACUUUGUAUCAGAUAAGAAAUUGAAAGGCAAAAUUAAAUGUGUCUUGUGCAACCCUGCAAAAAGCCAGAAAUUCACAUCUGGGCUCUUUGAAGCAACGAGCAAAGAUCGGUAUACUCUUCAGGCCGAUUUUGAAGAUGUUUUCGUUUACUACCUGUUUCCAAAAAAUCAAGUAGACAGUAUGUCACUUCAGUUUAAGGUUUAUUGUAAGAAAAUGUUUCGUGACGUGUUAAUUGCCGAAAGCUUCUUGCAUUUGAGUGAGAUUGAUUUGAAAGCAGAAAUGCUACCCAUAAGUAUGCCGUUCCUUGAUAUCACAAAGGUGACAAAAGAUGGGCGUGCUAGAAGUUCUACCAAAAGACCUGUUAUUGUACCAACAAGCGCCAAACUAGAGACAUUGAUUUCUCUUCAGUAUAUCCCGGAACGCUCACUGUUGGUUGUAGACUUACGGCAGAGCACAAAGCUUGGAAGACUUCGCGAUCUGAUGAAUAGGGAAAUAAUUGUUCAAGCUGAGCUGAUUUCAUCAACAUGUGAAUGCGUACAACGUAAAACAACGUUUUUGAAAAUGAUUUCGGACAACCCAGGAUGCAAUAAACCCUUGGAAUUUAGCCUGAAUCAGGAGCAGUUGUUUCUUUACACGCUGAUGCUGAGUGUCAGUUACUCAGCUGUUCGAUUAGGCCAACAAGAAAGGAUUGGUUGGAUCUCAUUUGGAAGACAUUGCAGUGGUCAGGUCGAGGCUCAGCAUUGGGAAGAAAUGCUACAGAAGAGUUGCGUAAGCGAGGCUGCAAUGCAGUGGCAUUGUCUUUGCGAUCACCAUGAGCCCAAAAGCAGCUCGUUAAUGAAACUCUUCAAAUAAAGGUGGGUUAUUGAAAGAAACUUUAUACAAGUGAAACGCAAAUUCUCUUUGUUGUGCUGACUAUCAGGCGUAAGAAAGAUCAUCGUCUGUGGAGAACAAAUGCUAACAGAAAAUACUAUUGACUUUGUUGGUGGCUGAUAUAGUAGAAAUUCGACGUAAAAUAUCUUAAAAAGAGAAAUUGUUACUGAACAGAUUCCAAAAUUGAUUAAAGUUAAACUAUGCCUUGGAAUAUUUGUAACAAAGAUUAUUGCGUAUUCUGUUUUUCAACAAGUUAAAUGAUUAAUGCUUUCCCGAUCAGUGCACUAAAGUUUUAACUGUUAAAGAUUAAAGAGGGUUAGGAAGGCCCAGUUCUUUCAGGAUUGACUAGAAUUAUGCGUUCCAGGACGUGAUCUACUGAUCCUUUUGGAUUCCUAAUCGUUAUUGAACUAUGGUUUCCGUCCAGAGUAACGUCAUUGCUUUAUAAUGUCACUCACAGCGAGAAAGCAGAUUUUAAAUCCCCCCUGAAAAACCUUUUUGAACCUCUAGCCUCAGAGGCGUGUUCAACUAAACUUGAAUAUUGAUAAAAUCAGUGCUUAGGUAAGCAAGUAAGCACAACACUCGAUUUUGGAGUUCAUUUGCAUUGAUUACCCCAUUCUGAGUGACAUCAACACAAGACUUUUUGUAAGGACAUAGCAACUUUAGUUGCCAAGCUAUAUGAAACUUAGAUGCUCGUUCUUUUCUUAAGAAACAUUCCAAAACCAUACCAAAAAAAUUAAAGACGUAUCUAUAUAAGAUUUCAGGGGCAGAUCAUCUGAGACAGGCCGUGGGGUCGAUGUCUCUUUCUAACUGUCCACGAUUUCAUUUUGCAAAUUGUCUUCAAUAUGAAAAGUGGUUCUCUAAGCACCCCUGAUAUCACAUUUUUCAAAAUGCCUGUGCCCAAGCAGCCUAAUUUAAAAAUUAUCGCAGUCUCAAAAGCAGAAAGAGACUAAUGAUUUUGGCAGAAAUAGAGCCCUCAUAUCCCUUUUCGGCAUGGUAGAUCACAAAAUCAUAUGCAAAAAAGCGACUAGACUGUAAACUUCUAAAAAGGUCUAAAACACUGUUUUUAGCUACUCUUUCUAUAUGUUUUGAAUUAUCAAGACAAUUUUUUGCCUUUCCUUCCGUAAGCAUAUCACAAAUUAUCUAAAAACUCUUGACAAACCUAGAAAGAUGAAAAAUUUUGUACACCAAGCAGCUUGAUUUUACGAGAUCUGUGCAACAAACUAUUCAUCAAAGAAUACUCUAAUAAAAGCAUUAUUCGGUUCCCAGUAAUUUCUUUCCAUACUUGGUCGAUCCUAAAUUCCUCGCGUUUUCACUUUACAUGACCUGGCAAGAAAUCAUUGUGUCCUUAAAUUCCAAAUAAUUGUGUCCUUUAACAUACCCUCUAUAGCGUAACAGUGGCUUGUGUAAACUUUGGGAUCGUAGUCGGAAAGCAUUUUCCGUAGUUAUCCUUAAAGUAUCUUGGUUUAGUUCAAGACUAAAAAAACAGCUGAUCUUUGUAAAAGUUUAUGUUGUAAAUGUAAAAUGAAUCGAUAUUACAGCAUACUCUCGUUAAUUUGGACCUUAAAGGGACCGAGCAAAAGUGUAAUACCGUAAUGCCUCGAAUAAGCGAUCCCUUCGAAUAAGCGCCCACUAUAGAGGGUGAAAUUAUUUAAUAAGCGCCCCCCCCAAUAAGCGCCUACCCCUCGAAUAAGCACCCAUCCUUCAGAAACGGGCGAUUAUUCGAAUUCUAUUUAUCAUUAUUAAGAAAGAAUGAAAGCAAGUGCUUCAAUUGAAAACAAAUUCAUUUUUUUGAAUUACUUCCAAAUAUAUUUUUAAAAUAAGCGCCCCCUCGAUUAAGCGCCUCUCUCGAUCAAGCGCCCACCCUGGAGCCUCAAAAAUUGGUACUUAGUACGAGGCAUUAUGGUACUUAGCGGGCGUCCUACUUAUCCGAAUGCUUGAAAAGGGUAAGCAAGUUCAAGGGACCGGGAAAAUCUGUACUAAAUAGCGGGCGUCCUACUUAACGAGAGUAUACUGUACAUAAAAUUUGAAAUAUAAAACAUGUAUAUCAGAAUACGUAAUGUCACUCACUUGAGACGAUAUUGAAUAAAGCCUCGUCAUGUGCGACUGACUGUCUUGUUUGGUUUUUGUUACCAGCUCUGCUCUGUUGAUAAAAAAAAUGAUCAGACCAUUUCGGUUGGCCCUUCUCAUUAGUUUGAGAUCGUCAGGAGAAAAUUGUGGAGAGGAGAGGUGAGUUGUGCGGUAUUACUGGGAGCAGUCUGACAUCAUAAUUGCAAGAACUCAUUUUGUCCAAGAUUUGCUUUGAAAAAUUGGGUGUGAUAAGAGGGCUUAAUAACAUAACUUGACUUAUCCGUUGUUACAAGCACUGGUCCGUGACGUAAGUUGUCAGCAAUACACUACGGACUCCAUGACAGAAAAUUUUGCAAAGCAACUAUUUUGUUUUGCAAAGCAACUAUUUUGUUUUGCAAAAUUUUGGGCCCUGAACCUAGGAUUUUAAUCGUGGAACUUAUUGAAAAUAUUUAUAGAAGGAAGGAACUGUUAAAACAUCUGUUAUGAAAUUCUAGCGAUUUCCUUCCUUUUCUUCUUUUUGAAUUUCCGAAAUAAGGAGAGAGUAUUGCCCAUCCCGCACCUCUGGCCUCUGCAGCACUCACUUUUCCAGUCUCUUGUCGAUAAUUUUGUAGCGUACAUCGGUUGAUAUCGAUUGAUAUGGGUUGUUCUUGUAACAUUGUUCAAAAUGUUGGUUAGUAUGUUGCAUACGUCUUUUCGCUAAAUGCAGUUGAAGGACAUCUCUUUCUCACUAGCUAACUUAACUCGUGACUAAGUUAAAUAAUUGUACUUGGUUAGCUCGCUAGAUUAAAAUAAUUGCGUUGCUUCGACAUCAAGAAAGUCUCUUUAAACCGUAAAAAACAAGUACAGUAGAAACAAGAAUUUCAAACAUUUCUUCUACUGGUAAAACACAGAAUAAAAAAAGCUUUGGAAAUCUAUGUUUGUAGGAGUAUAGUUUGGCACUAAGUAGCUUUAGGAAUCAGUAUUAGGAAUCAGUAUCAGUAUAGCAUCAGUAUUUGAACCUAGGCCGUAAAUUUGGCAUGUCUGGAUUCAUGGCGACAUUAUCUCGGACUCAUAACAAAGAACCCGUAUUCUUGUAAAUAUAGCAGUAGCAGGAUCUAGAUAUAACCCAAAUCAGAACAACAGUUUAAAAAUAAUGAUGAUUAAAUGAAAUUUAAUCAGAGUUAAUUUCACGAGGGGCUUUUGAGCGUUAACUAAAUCGCAUGAGAUUGUUGUUAAUACUAUUUUGUGCCACGCUUCCUCGUGGUUUUCUUGUACCUGCUCUACUAGUUUAGGGGCAAUGCGGGGAGUCUUUCGGCCUCCUGUGAAUUUGAUUGUAUAACUAGGGUAAGAUGUGUGUUUCGUGGCGUUUUCAUUCCCUUGGUUAAUCUAGGGGUAUUUAAGGUUUUGGCAUAGCGUGGGUCUCAUCUUGCUUGGUGAAGCCACAAUUCAACUAGGCUGUUUUAUUGUAUUUUCCCAGCCCUCCCUCCCUCAAUUUGUUUCUUUAUGUUUAGUGCCUUUUCAGUAUAACUUUGCGUGUUGAGUUUCUUUUAUGGCAUCGUUAAAACCUCUCAUACCUUUAGGCAUCUUUUAUGCUUCUAAGAGUUUCUGAUGCUAUUAGGUAGGACUAGUGCAUCGGCUAUUAGUGGGGAAAAGAGGCUUUUCCUGUCCAUACCCUCCCAAUUAUCAAUCAUAUUUGGGGGUUAAUGUAUAACUUCCCUAGUAACCUCUUUAAGGUAGGUUGAGCGAUUUGCGCCGAUGCAACAACGGCCCAACUCGCUCUCGAUGAUGUGGGAACGUAGCCUCAUGACUGACCUUUCUGAUGUCAAUGGCAGUUUUUCUGAGGGAGCUUUAUGCCCUUCAUAUUGCAUUGGUAUUUCAUUCCCGAGUAAGUAAAUUAAUAAUAGAAAAACCAACCUGUGAUAACCAAAAUUAUGGAUACCUCGAAUCUCCAAGCCUUUCUCAUCAGUUAUAUCAAAAGAGGUUACAACGACAAUUACUUGAAGACGGUAUGUUCGAAUUGCCUAUGUCCCAAGUGAGAUCAAAUAAAGCCACUUGGGAUCUGUCUAAGAAUGCUGCCAGCAAGAAAAAUGGAUUUAUCACAUAAAUGUACCACCAAAAUUCUCGGAAUACUAACGUUAGCUUUGAAGAUGAAACUCUCUUGUUCCACCUUGAGACAACGGUUGUACUGGGAGAGGGGUAAGGAGAGUUGGUGGAAGAAGAGGAGCUGGAAAGAGAAGCGGAAAUAGUGAAGGCGAGAGGUAGCAGUAUUAUGUUGUUUUCGUAAAAGACAAUUUAAGAAUACUUAACAUAAAUAAAGAAUACGUUCUUAGCAAACAAGACGUCGAAAAAAAGACGUCGAGGACGCAAAGAACUGGGGGUAGCGUCGGUACAAAGGCAAGAUGCUAGAAGCUGAUGAGUGAUGGGAGGGUGAUGGAACAUUCCUCGGUCAUUCCCCCUGCUGAUGGCAAAAAAGCAUGCAGAAUAAUAAAAAAGUUGAAUGCGCAUACUCGUUCUUGUUUAAAGUGACUGUCUUCUCGCUAAGUCUCAACGUUUUAGAAGAAGAACUUACAUGU